AUGGCAGCUCGGGUGGCUCCCAGCAUGGUGGCACCGACCGACGACGAGCUGCUGCUGGCGCAGGCCGACCUGUGGCGCCACAGCCUCUACUACGUCACGUCCAAGGGGUUCCAGUGCGCCAUCAAGCUCGGCAUACCCACCGCCAUCCACCGCGCCGGGGGCGCCUCGUCGCUUCCCGACCUCGUCGCCGCGCUGUCCCUCCCGCCGGCCAAGCUCCCGUUCUUCCGCCGCCUCAUGCGGCUGCUGGUCUACACGGGCGUCUUCGCCACCGACGAGACCACCGAGGCCGCCGGGGUGUUCCGUCUCACCCCGCUUUCAUGGCUCCUCGUCGAAGGCGCGGCGCCCAUGGUCGACAGCCACCCGUGCCAGGUGCCCGUGGCGCUCGCCGCGACGUCGAGGCACUGCGUCGAGGCGGCAAUGGGGCUCGCCGAGUGGUUCAGGAAGGAGGCGGCCCCCUCGGCGCCAGCGCCGCCGUCGCCGUUCGAGGAGGCGCACGGCGCGGCCCUGUUCGAGGAGAGCAUGGCGGAGCUCGACCCGGAGUCGGACGCGAUGUUCAACGAGGGCCUCGCGGCGCACGAUCACUCGGGGUUCGCCACGGUUCUCCGGGAGUGCAGCGGUGUGUUCCAGGGCCUGCAGUCGCUGACCGACUGCCGCGGCGGCGACGGUACGGCGACGAGGGCAAUCGUGGAGGCCUUCCCGGGCAUCAAAUGCACCGUGCUGGACCUUCCUCGGGUCAUCGGCGAGAAACGGGCCGAUGGCGCUGUCAGCUAUGUACCGGGUGACAUGUUCCUCUCCAUCCCACCUGCUCAAGCUGUCAUGCUCAAGCUUGUGCUUCACCACUAUAACGACGAGGACUGUGUGAAGAUCCUAGCUCAAUGCAAGAAAGCUGUUCCGAGCCGGGAAGCCGGAGGGAAGGUGAUCAUCGUUGACAUAGCGAUCGGAGCUCCUGCAGGGCCACUGCUGGAAGCCCAGCUGCUGAUGGAUGUGGCCAUGAUGGUGGUGACCAAAGGCCGGCAGCGAGACGAAGAUGACUGGCGUGUUCUCUUCGGCAAAGCAGGCUUCAGUGACUACAAGAUUGUCAAGAAACUGGGAGCUCGAGCCAUCAUUAGGGCUUUUCCGCGCAUCAAGUGCAUCGUGGUUGACCUUCCUCGGGUGAUCGACAUCGUCUAGGCCGAUGGGGUUGUGUACGUGGCAGGUAACAUGUUCGAGUUCAUCCCACCGGGUCAAGCUGUGAUGCUCAAGCUUAUGCUGCACCAUUGGAGCGACGAGGACUGCGUGAGGAUCCUAGCUCAAUGCAGGAGAGCUAUCCCGGCACGGGGAGGAGGAGGGAAGGUGAUCAUCAUCGACAUAGUAGUCGGCUCUGCGUCAGGCGGCCCCAUGCUGGAGUCGCAGCUCCUGAUGGACGUCGCCGUCAUGCUGGUGACCAAAGGACGGGAUCGAGACGAUGAGGACGACUGGCUCUCCAUCUUCACCAGAGCAGGCUUCAGCGACUACAAGAUGAAGUUGGGACCUCGCUGCGUCUUUGAGGUCUACCCGUAG